UCAGGUCCCUUGGGUUGCUUAGCCCGACGUGAGGGACGAUGUAAAUGGGGUUCAAAUUGCCGGGGAGCUCGGGGGGCUGAGCCCCCCGUAAGAGACAAGGUCCCCCUGUAAUAUUUGAAAACCAUAACCCUAACUGGGGUCUCCAAUUUUAUUAGGGCACCUGAUGGGCAACCAGUUUUUUUUGCAGACCCCCCCGAGAGUCACAGCGUCCUUCCAUCCACCCCUGACGGCAGGGACCUGACCAGGGAGGGCUGCUGUCUCCCUGCCAGGUUUCUUCCCAGAACAACUCCGCACCGCGGCGCCCUGUCCGCGGCGGAGGCUGUCGAUAAAGUUGGCUUUGAAUGACCCGCGGCCAAGAUGGCGGCGCCCACGGGCAGAGCGGUGGCUGGCGCGGCGCGUCUUCUUGCCGGGUUGCAAGCUACUUCUUUCUCAAUCAGAACUUCAGCAACAAUUUCCUCAACUGAAAAAGUUCCACAUUCUUUGUGGAAACUUGGCCGUCUCAAUCAUGUAGCAAUUGCAGUCCCUGAUUUAGAAAAGGCCCGAUCUUUGUACAAAGAUGUGCUAGGAGCCCAGGUGAGUGAGACAGUUCCUCUUCCUGAACAUGGUGUCUACACUGUUUUUGUGGAACUGGGAAAUACGAAGCUGGAACUGCUGCACCCUCUUGGAGAGAGAAGUCCAAUUGCAGGCUUUCUGCAGAAAAACAAAGCUGGAGGAAUGCAUCAUGUCUGCAUUGAGGGGGAUGAUAUAACAGCAGCAGUGGCAGAACUGAAGAAAAGAAAGAUCCGAAUAUUGAGUGAAGAGCCCAAAAUAGGUGCACAUGGCAAACCAGUGAUUUUUCUUCACCCUAAAGAUUGCCAUGGAGUACUUGUGGAACUCGAACAAGCAUGAGCUGUGUUACUAAUAGCUGAAACUAUGAAUUAAUUGCAAGCCUCAUUAGAUGGUGUCAGGAAUUGUAAUAUGCCUUUCAAUGAUAAGUCACUGUACUGAAUCUUUUUUUCUUGUUGAUUAGGCAUCUCAGCUCUUGACUAUUGAAACAUAGCAUUGGGUAUAGGAGGAGCCUAAAGCACUGGUAACCUUCAUCAUUUGGGGCUAUAAUUUGUUGUUUUUCUGGUACAGAUCUUAAGAAAUAAUAUUAACAUUUUGCUCAAAUUCCCCUAGACCUGGGCUGACCAUAUGGACAUCCGGGACAUAAUACCGGACACUGCCUCCCCGCCCUUCUCGGCACGCUCACAAAUUGGUAGAGGCAGGGCUGUGUGCUGGGAAGGCAGCAGUGCCUGCCUGACAACCUGCAAGGCCCUCUACACCACUCUGACUCCUGGUCAGACUGUGCCUUGUACGCCUGCAUUUCCAGGAUGCCCAUUGUAAUUUCCAACAGCCAGCAGGGACCAGCCUCAGAAAUCUAGGACUGUCCCAGCUAAAAUGGGACAUGUGGUCACCCUACUUAGACUAUGAAUCUAUAUAGCAACUCAUGAGCUGGGUUGCAUAUAUUAGAUAUAAUGAAUUAUUUUCUGUUGCAUCACAGUUUGUAGCAUAAUCUUACCUCUGUUGCCACAGAAACUGGGUUUAUAGGUCGUUCCACGUAAGUUUUCUCUCUCUUUCAGUGAGGACCCACUUCUCAAUUACAAUAUAUUUCUUAAGGGAAUAUCUGAGCUAGGUCAACAAGGGAACACCCCAUUUUUUUGCUUUUGCUGCCACAAGAGCUAUCUGAGCUUCACAUCGAUUGGUUUAUUCAAAAAAACCUUGCAUUAUUGCUUGGGUUUCUGAGAUUGCUAAGCAACUCUUAUCUAGCAUAACAAUUAGUGCCAAGAAAACAUUCUGUGUAUGUCACAAUGUUGUGGCUUUACAUAUACUAUGUAUGUGAAAAAUCAAGAUUCCUUGAUUUGUUUGAAAUGCACGCUGGAUUACAGAAAUUAAAACUUCAGUUUUGUCAGCUGGUGUACACAGUUAACCUGUGCUGUUUUCUUUUCUUUUCUUCUUAAGUGACCUCCUAUGCCUACACUAAAAAUUGACUAAUCAGAAAAUAUGGGGCAUAUAUGCAAAAGACUAGUGAGUAAUAUUUUCACAUACUAUAUAUUACAGAGUUUGUUUGUUUUUUUGUUUUUCUUCUUGAAGGCAUUUAUGGAAACAGUGCUUAUGAUUUACAAAAAGGCAGCAUAUUAACAGGUCAGUUAAUGAAAAACUUUUGUAUGGAUUUUUAGAUUAUAAAAAAAAUAUAAAACAAAUACCUUGGGCCCUAAUCCUGGAAACAGUUAUGCAUGUCAACUUUCCAUGUUACUCAUUUCCCUGAAAUCAGCAGGACUGAUAUGAAUAUAUUUUUGUUGGAUUGGAGUUAGUAGAUUAAAUUGUUUCUUUCAAUCUCCCAAAGAUCCCAUUUGAUUUUGAUGAAGAUAUCCACUGCCUGUGUAAACAAAGUGAGCAACAGUUAGCCAACCUCUAUUUAAAUUUUUUUGGUAUCACUACCAUAAUCUAUAAAAGUUGCAGAUGGUGGUGUUCAUCCUUUUACAUGUAACCAAAUAAAAACUUUAUAUAAAUCCUUUAAAAAACAGAUUACUUGUUUGUGUUUGUUGCUUGUUUAUUUUACACAGAAUAAAACAUUUCUGAAUUUCAUUCUUUCACUGAGUUCUGCAUAUGCUGCUUGAGCUGUU